AUGGCUUCAGAUUUUGGUAAUCCGUUGAAAAAAUUCAAGUUGGUAUUCCUGGGUGAACAGAGUGUUGGAAAAACAUCACUGAUAACACGAUUUAUGUAUGACAGUUUCGAUAACACGUAUCAAGCUACUAUAGGAAUCGAUUUCUUAAGCAAAACUAUGUAUCUCGAAGAUAGAACGGUUCGGUUACAACUUUGGGAUACGGCAGGUCAGGAACGUUUUCGAUCCUUGAUUCCAUCUUAUAUCCGUGAUUCGACUGUUGCUGUCGUCGUAUAUGACAUCACAAAUGCAAAUUCGUUCCACCAAACAUCAAAGUGGAUUGAUGAUGUACGUACUGAAAGAGGAAGUGAUGUAAUCAUUAUGCUCGUGGGGAACAAAACUGAUCUGGCAGACAAACGGCAAGUGUCUACUGAGGAAGGUGAGCGUAAAGCGAAGGAAUUGAAUGUUAUGUUUAUUGAGACAUCGGCUAAAGCUGGAUAUAAUGUGAAGCAGCUUUUCCGACGUAUUGCUGGAGCGUUGCCAGGCAUUGAAGCCGAUCAAAGAGAUAAACAUGACAUGCAGGAAGUGAAGUUAAGCGAUGCGCCUAUUCGACAGGUUCAAAUGCAAGAAAGCGGUUGUUGGUGUUAA